UAUAUCCUACGAGUCUAAUGAUAUCCAUUAAAGCAUUGCAAGCUGCCUAAGUCACGCGACUUCAACAUCAACUACUAAGGUAGCCGCUUGGAUGUUGGGUAUAGCUCAAGCCAGCCUCUUGCAUCAUUGCGUUUUCAACCGCCGCUCUCUCAUUGGCUUUUCCGGACCAACUGGUCUUGGCUGCAAUACUGAAGUGGACAGGGUCUUACGAUAUGAUUUGAUAUUGGAUCCCUAGGCGAAUCUGUGAAGAUCCCACAAAUAGCGGAAGGGGGUCCCCGGCGAGGCCAAUUUAGGAGGGUGCCAUCAAGGACAAAGGAGAAUGUGCUACCGCGAUCUUGCGUGGUGGAGAUUUUUGCCAACGGUUCGAGAAUUGGCGGUGACUGAUCGGCUGCGUAGAUCAUAUUCUAUAUACAAGCCGAGCUUGAAGAUAUAACGGCGUCGAUUCCGCCAUGCUAUUCACUUCUUGACUCUGACCCAACCAGAGCCUUUUCACUCUUUCCAUAUCUUUCGACACUCCCAAGCUUCCAAAUAUCUUAAGUUCGGCUCAAUAUGGUUAACCUCCGCGCAAUCACCGCCUCCUUGGCGGCUUCCUCUUUCCUCGGUGUUGCUGUGGCCCAUCCUGGGGACAGCAAAGAGGUAGUCAAGUAUGAGCGGGCUAUGCACAACCAUGCUCAGGCAGGAGCUCGUCGAGCUAUCGUUAACUACGGCACUACUCCUGCCACAGCCGCUCUCAAAGCUCGUGCAAUUGCUCGACGUGCCGCUACCGCUCAGAGUCUCCGUGAGAAACGCGGUCUUAGUGACAAGCGUAUGAAGUCCAAGAGAGGUCAGGCUGAGCUCGAAAAGUAUUUGAGCGUCACGCACGAUAGUACGGAACUGGGUUACAACCUAGAUACCCCGUUAGACGUUAUCUUCGAUUCGAACUCGACUGCUGCUCUUGUCCCCGAAGUUACGAUCGGUCCUUACUGGGUGGCAGGAGAGUUGAUCCGAACCGAUGUUAGUGAGGACCAGGCUGGUGUGCCUCUACACCUGGACCUGCAGUUCAUUGACAUCAACACCCUCGAGGCUAUCCCCAACAUGCUGAUAGAUAUCUGGCACUGCAAUGCUACGGGUGUAUACUCCGGUAUCUCUAUAAUGGGCCAGGCCGGCCUUGACACCACCUACGGCCGUGGUAUUCAGAGCACAGACGAAGAUGGCGUAGUCCAGUUUGACACCAUCUUCCCUGGCCACUACAUCGGCCGCGCUCCUCACAUCCACAUGAUGAGCACCGAAAACGCCACCGUCCUGCCCAACAACACCUACCUGACGGACGGCAAGCCCAACCACAUCGGGCAGCUGUUCUUCGACCAGAGCCUCAUCAGCGCGGUCGAGGAGCUCGAGCCCUACAGCACCAACACCCAGCCCUUGACCCUCAACUCGGAGGACGGCAUCGACGCCGAGACCUCCACGGCCGAGUACGACCCCUUCGUCGACUACGUCCUCCUUGGCAGCGAGCUCCAGGACGGCCUCCUGGCCUACCUGACCGUCUUCGUCGACACCAAGGCCAACCAGACUGCGAACGCCCACGCUGCCGCCCACUACUACGAGGGAGGCGGUGUCGCAUCUCCCGGAGGUAGCUUCCCUGGUGGCCCCGGAGGUCCGGGCGGCCCGCCGGGCAGUGGAUUCCCUCCCCGACCUAGCAGCACCACUGCUCCCUGAAGGGCGUCCGCAUAACUCGUCCUCCAGAGGGGAAUUGGUACUGAUAGAACGCGAAAGACAGUUCGGGAAGUAGGUAUUCCAUCGACGGAAUUUACCUACCUAAUGUAGAGUGCGUGUGGCGAGUGUGGAGCGAAAAGAAAUAAAAGUAAAACUGUCAUUACCGUUAGUUUAUGGAAGCUUUAGGUACCUGAAAAAUACUAAGCACGUUUAUGAUUUAUAUCAUCGACCCCGUAGCAGAUAAAUUCGAAUUCAAAUAUAAUUAGC